GUAAUUACAUAGAAAAUACGAUCAUGUCAUAUAAAACAUUAUAACCUCAUAAGGAUGCUUAGUCUAGACUGGAAUUUAUCGUAAGACUUUUUUGUACAGAGAACAAUGUAGGGGGAAAAAAGGUGUCACAAAUUUUCCAGGAUUUACCCCAGAAAAUCUCUAGGUAAUUAGGAGGUAACAAGGAGUAUUUUUGUUUACCUUUAUAGUAAGAUGUUUUUCAUAUCUUGAAUGACGUUAGGAAUUUUAUAUGUACUUGUAGUAUAAAUAUGGGUUAAUAGAAGGUUAUGAUUAUGUUAAAUGUUUAUAGGCUAUGUAGUAUAUAUAAUAAAACUAAUUGAUUGUAAUUAAAUUGUAAUUAAUAGUAAUCAAUAAAUUUCACACAUAAAUCAUGUCAUAUAACUUCCUUAACCAAGUCGCAGUUGUUACCGGAGGUCUUUCUGGUAUUGGAUUGGCCACCACCAUUAAAUUACUUCAAAAUGGUGCUAGAGUAAUUGUUGGUGAUAUUACGGCUGAAAAUAAAGUCGGAUCUAUUUUAGAAUCAAUUAAACAAAAAUCAGGAAAUGAAAAUGUUAAAUUCCUCAGAACUGAUGUAACCAACUAUGAGGCCAAUAAGAAAUUAGUUAGUUAUGCUGUUGAACAGUAUAAGGAUUUAAAUUUAGUAUUUGCUAAUGCCGGAAUUGUAUUACCUCAUGCUGGAGCUGAGAUUCCCUAUGAAGAAUGGGAGAAAGUCAUAAACACUAAUUUGAAUGGAGUUUUCUCUUUAAAUAAGGAAUCCAUUAAUUAUUGGCUUAAAAAUAAUAAAAAGGGUAAUAUUGUUAAUACAGGAUCAAUUUUAUCAUAUGUUGGUAAUCCAGGUUUAGCUCAUUAUUGUGCUUCUAAAGGAGGAGUUAAAUUAUUAACUCAAACAUUGGCCAUUGAAUAUGCUGCCAAGGGAAUUAGAGUUAAUUCUGUUAAUCCUGCUUAUAUUGCAACACCAUUAUUAGAUGUAUUAGAUAAACCAGUUUAUGAUGCUUUGGCUGCUAAACAUCCUAUUGGUAGAUUAGGUACUCCUGAAGAAGUAGCUAAUGUUGUUACCUUUUUAUUAUCUGAUCAAGCCACUUAUGUCAAUGGAGCUUCUGUCUUGGUCGAUGGUGCCUAUACUGCUCAAUAGUUUACUCUACCACAGUUUGAUCUAAUCUACUCUAGUCUAGUCUUAGUCUAUUAACAAUUAUAUACUUGUUCUGGUUAAACGCAUUUGUAGUA